AUGACAGUCAAAGUUGGUCAUAGAUACUCAGCCAAAUUCCCUUGCACGAGUGGAGUUCCACAAGGUGGAGUCCUGUCCCCUCUCUUAUUUCUUAUCUACACAGUCGACCUACUAAGUGUGCUCAGAACUUCUCCGCUCGUGAAAGUCCAAGUGUACGCUGAUGACAUUAAGAUUUACGGCAUCUAUGAUGAUGAGAACUACCAUGAAGUACGUACUGCACUUCGAACGUCACUAGCUAGGAUGUCUGACUGGGCUUCUAAAUGGGAUUUGCACAUUAACUAUGACAAGUCCCUGGUUAUGCAUUUAGGUAAAGGGGAUGUGGCUGAGUAUAGUAUGAAUGGAGUAACUCUUAACACAUGUAAAUCUGUAAGAGACUUAGGAAUUUUUGUCGAUGAUAACCUCAACUUCUCUGAACACAUUGAUCAUGUUGUACGAAAAGCAUACUCCUCCCUUUUUCGCCUUUUUCGGAUUGCCCACACCAGUAAUCCAACUAUUCUCACUCGCUUAUACAAAUCUUCUUCUCAUCUUGAAUAUGAUAUUGAGCCCUAA